UUGUUAUUAUUAUUUCUGUAAUUAUACUUAUUAUUUCUUAUUUUGACCGUAGUAUUUCUUAAGAGAGUGUUAGCGUACAAUGGAAUUUGAAUUACGCAAAUAUUUCCGUAAGGCUGGCGAUCUUUAAUAAUAUCUUAUCAGUGCUUGUCUUAUCUAUGCUUAUUACAAUGUAGUUUACAUAUUUGUUUUUAUUUUCAUUUGAAAUGUUUCGUUAGUGGUUUGUUAUAGUUACUUGAGAAUGACGAUGUACGACGAUUUAUGAAAUUAUCAUGCAUAUUUGUGAUAUUGCUAUCUAUACAUUUAUGAGAAUUAUUAAUUUAAUUUUAUCUAACCGAAUUUGUUAGGUAACAAACACGUGAUCUGGUUUCAAUAAAAUUGAAUUUUAUAUUUGCAUAUGUUGAUUGUGGCUCGGGAUAAUUUUUGCAAGUCUAAAUAAAUAUUUUAAAUGCUGAGAUGGCACAACGAUUAAGCAACAAGGCAAAAUUUAAAUCACUUAUCACUGUGACAAGCAGUGCCAUUGCUUUGUUUGGUGGUAUUUCACUCUAUCAAGGCAAUGAAAGAUUUUACAAGGAAAUAGUUAUUCCUCUAGCUCAGUUGUUAGAUCCAGAAAUUGCCCACAAUCUUGCAGUGAAAUCUCUAAAAUGGGGUCUUGUAUCGAAGCAGACAACAGAAGAUUCUAGUUUACUUCAAACUACUGUGCUGGGUUUGCAAUUUAAGAAUCCAAUUGGCAUGGCUGCAGGAUUCGAUAAAUAUGGAGAGGCAGUAAAAGAAUUGCAUCAGAUUGGUUUUAGUUUUGUAGAAAUAGGAUCUGUGACACCUAAAGCACAGCCUGGUAAUCCAAAACCCAGAGUGUUUAGACUACCAGAGGAUAAUGCAGUUGUGAAUAGAUAUGGCUUUAAUAGUGAUGAUCAUGAUAUUGUAUGGGAACACCUUAAGAAACUGAAAGAGACAAAUUUUGAUGGUAUUAUUGGAGUGAAUUUAGGAAAAAACAAAGAGACAAAAGACGCAGUCCAAGAUUACAUUGACGGUAUAAAAAGAUUUAUGGAUGUAGCAGAUUACUUUGUGAUCAAUAUGUCUAGUCCUAACACACCAGGCUUAAGAUCCUUGCAAAACAAGAAUUUAGAAGAAAUACUGACCAGAAUAAAUGCAGCAAGAGAACUGAUUGGUAGCAAACAACCAUUGCUUUUAAAGCUGGCACCAGAUUUGUCAGAUCCUGAACGACAAGAUGUAGCAGAUGUAAUUUUAAGAAAGAAAUCUAAAGUUGAUGGUUUAAUUUUGUGCAAUACAACAAUCACAUGGCCAAAUUUGAUUAAUCCAAAUAAGGAAGAAAGUGGCGGUCUCAGUGGUGCACCUCUUGCAGAUAUUUCUACCGCUAUCAUUUCUGACAUGUAUAGACGAACACAUGGCAGCAUCCCAAUUAUUGGUGUAGGUGGUAUCUUUUCUGGUGCUGAUGCUUAUGUCAAAAUAAAAGCUGGAGCUUCCUUAGUACAACUUUAUACUUCGUAUGUGUUUAAUGGACCACCAAUAGUAGUCAAAAUAAAAAAGGAAUUAUGUAAGAUACUUGAAACUAAUGGUUUUUCUUCUGUGGCUGAUGCGAUUGGUAAGGAUACCAAGAAUAGAUGAAUAUAUCUUAUUG